AGCACAGCACAGCAUAGUACAGCCCACACCGCAUCUCUUCUCUUGUAAUCCCUACCCCCUUUUUACACGCUCUAUUAUAUCUAUUACUUUUCCCAUCAAUGUGUGAGCAACACGACAGUGAGAACACGCAGCUGGUUGUCUCAACAGACGCGCAGCACCCGGCAAACCUGAUCCCGGAACUCUGCCGCCAAUUCUACAACCACGGCUGGGUCACAGGCACCGGCGGCGGCAUCAGCAUCCGCCGCAACACCCACGUCUACGUCGCCCCCUCAGGCGUCCAGAAGGAGCGCAUCGAGCCAACCGACCUCUUUGUCCUCGAGCUGUCCACCCGCCAAGUGCUUCGCUCCCCACCGCCGCCCAUCAAACCAUCGGCCUGCACGCCUCUCUUCUACAACGCAUACAGCAUGCGCGGCGCCGGCGCCUGCAUCCACACGCACUCGCAGAACGCCGUGCUUGUCACUAUGCUGUACAAGAGCGAGUUUUCCAUCAGCCAUCAGGAGAUGAUCAAGGGGAUCAGGCGCGGCAACUCGGGCCAGAGCCUGAGCUUCUUCGAUACCCUGCGGGUGCCGAUUGUUGAGAACACCGCCGAGGAGGAGAAUUUGACCCGCAGGAUGGCCGACGCCAUGGAGAGGUACCCGGACACGUGCGCGGUGCUGGUGAGGCGCCAUGGCGUUUACAUUUGGGGCGAGACGUGGGAGAAGGCGAAGACCAUGGCCGAGUGCUACGAUUACCUGUUUGAGCUGGCUGUUAAGAUGCACCAGCUCGGCAUUGAUCCCAGCGUUGUUUCUGAGGAGACCAAGACCUCGGUCGACGGCGAGUAGAGUAGACCAAAAUAAAUCGGGAGGAACGGGAUCUGCGAGGUUGGGCUUGGGCUUGGGUCUGAGUGCUUUCUGCAGAAUGACUUCAUAGUAUGCCUCUUCAUUCUUUUUUGCAGUGAGAACUGGAUUUUCUCAAGCCAAAGCAGCCGAUCUCUCUUUUUUAAACAUAAACAAAUGCAA